AUGCCGCCCAACUACAACUUUGACGCCGCAAACGAUCAGGAGAACAUCGAUCCCAGAUCCCGCCACAGCCUUGGGGUUGAUGAGUCUAACGAUGAUCUGUCGCAGCUAUUUCGGCAAGACCCUGUGCGGCUCUAUAAGUCUGGUCGUGCAGUCCAGUCCUCUGAAGACCAAAAUGUCUCUCUUGACAAGCAAACAGCAACCGCCAAGGACAACUCCAAAGCACUCAACUCAAUUCAACCCCGGAAUCUGUCUGCUUUCCCGGGCCUUCCGUCGCAGAAAGGAGUCUCUCGCGCUUCGUCUAUGGUGAAAUCGAUCAGCAGUAAAGCCACCGAUUCUCCAGACCCAUCCCAGAAGAUCACUGGCAAGGACUUCGAAGACGACCUGAAUGGUGAUGAGCUAGGAACUCCAGACAUCUACGAAGACGAAUCAGACAAUGGCGAUGACGAGCCAGCCGAAGCCGAAGAGGCGCAAGACAACGGGAGAUUCACCUGCCAAUCCUUGCCGGCAAAGCCCAGAAGAAGUCGUCGCGAACUCAAGCCUGUGCAGAUCAACCCAUAUAGUGUAGACAAGAUCGCUGUCAAAGCACAGAAAUCCAAAGGCCGCAACCCGACAGAGGCUGAGGUCAAGGAAGAGCUAGAACCAACUCAGACCAAACCAAAGCAAUCCAAGAAAAAGCGAGUCCGCCACAGUCGAGAGGCAUCUUUAUCAAGCGACGAAUCGGCCGUGGACCUCGUCGAGCUUGAUCCGUUGAUAAAGCUACACAGAACCGUUCUGCGCAUUACCAUCCCUGGUGAGAGCAGCUGUAUCGAUGCGCCCUUCACGGUGGUCAACACACUGCCAAAGUUGAUUGACCUGACCAAUCGUCGUUGGGGCGCCAUCAAGGGUUCGACUGUGCAACAUCUAGUCUGCAAGCGCUUCUGGCUGGGCUCCGGCAACGGCAGAGACUUGCUGAUCUACGAGGACUGGGAUGAACAAUUCGACGCCCUCGUCAGCUCAAUUCUCGAGGCAGAAGUUUGGAAGACCAUGUUCGGCGAGCAGAAGCUGGAGGUGAUCAUUGAGGCUACGUUGAAAGACAGACAGACCCCUGAGGUUGCGCCUGUCCCCACGCCCCAAAGCAACGUCUGA